CAGAGUCGACUGCAAUAGUGAAUUCUUCCAACGUUUUCCUUUUUAUUUUAUUUUAUAAAAUAGGUAUUGACCGGGUAAACUUGUAAAGUGUGUGUAUUAAACAUGUCGGUAAACGCGUCCAAAGUACCGGAAGACGAUAACUUCCUGACUAAAGAACUGUUCGUUUCUUUGGCAGUUCUAUUUGUCACUCUGGUGUUGUUGUAUUUGUGGAAAAAGAGUAACAAGACUUACCGCGACGUUUUGCUCGUCGGCUUGUGCGAUUCGGGCAAGACCGCUCUCUAUUCGCACUUGCUGUUCAACAAGGCCGUCCAGACCUUCACGUCGCAGGUGGAAAACAUUGGCGAAUUCAAAAACAGCAAGAAAUCUUUGCGUGUUGUCGAUAUUCCUGGACACGAGCGAGCGUUUGGUAAAUUUUGGGAUGUUUACAAGACGAGUUGUAAAGGGAUAAUUUUCGUCGUCGAUUCGGAAAACGUGCAGACGUCGGUAUGCGAUGUAGCAGACCUGUUGUACAGAGUGAUCACCGACGACACGAUUGUUUCGAACAAAAGCAAAAUAUUAGUCGUUUGUAAUAAACAAGACAAACUCAUGGCUAAAGGUUCGGAAGUCAUCAAGACGUUACUCGAAAAAGAAUUAGAUACGCUGAGGAUCACCAAAGCCAAUCAGUUGGAGAGCAUCGACGGUAAAAAGAACAACAAGACUUCACUGGGCAAAAAGAAGAAGAGUUUUGAGUUUUCGCAUUGUCAAAUUCCCGUUGAAUUCGCCGAAUCUUCGCUGUCGGCUUCUCAAGACGUCGUUUUAGAACCGGUCAAGAAUUGGCUCGACAAAAUUCAGUAGUACCGUUUCUUUGCGUUUAGGUGGUGCAUUACUCAAACUUGUACAUUUAUAUAUUUUACGUGUUAAGCCCAUAUGAUGCAUUUAUAUGAUCUGCAUUUUGUUGGCUAAAAUGUAUUUAUGGGUUUUUUUUUUUUUUGUUUGUUUAAAUAAACUUAUGUUUUCUUAUUGCUGUUUCGUUGUAUGUAAAUAAUCUUUUUGUUCGCUGUAUUAAUAUUAUUACGACGACUUAUUAAUUAAGAUUCUCCGCGUAAGUCAUCAUGGACGCCGAGACGAAGAUUUCGCCCGAAGUGAAUCGAAAAAUUCUCGAGUCCAGAUAUAGAUUUUUCACGCUAAUAGAAGAAAUCAAGUUUAACGUCUUGUUGUCCGUAAGCGUAGAACUUAAAGCGUAUUGUUAUUAUUUUUUUUUUUUUACGAUUAAGGGGUUGCGUGUAUCGGUUAUUAUUUUUUUUCUUGUAAUAUUUGAAAUUAAGAAGGUUUAUAAGGUGAUAUCUUGGGCUUAUCUUGUAAAUAAAAAAUUGCCAUAAUAUUUCCAUACAUAGUUACCGCCAUUAUUUCUGUUUAAGUAAACAAUUCAUUUUACUUCGGUAGGAUACGACUAUAACAUAUUUUGUUCCAUCCUUUUAUCUAAUAUA